GUCAGCUGACCAAUACACAUGUGACCUCUCCGUCACAUGAUUUCAUCCACUUCCUCUGUUUCUGUUACACGGAGACAAAAUUUCUCCUGGGGCAAGUAUUAACGCUACUGUAGUACACUAUCACCAUAAAACGGCAUUGUGGUUAAUUUUAGACAACUAAUGAGGAAAUACGUUACGGGCGUUUAGAGGAGAAUUGCAGGUUUGCUAAACUCGAUUAUAUGCGGUAGUUUAAUGCACCUCGUCCCACCUUGCGUGUGUUCUGUGGAGAUGGAGAGCAUCACGGUGGUGGCUGAACAAGUUUAAAUUUCUCCUGAAACAAGUCGGACGGUGGACUGAGUGUAUGCCGAGUUGACGGUUGGAAUUAAUUCAUUCUCAGAGGUCUGUCAUCUUUCCCCAUCAAGUCGUCUAACGCAGUGGGAUGAGUUUUUAAUGCAGAAAAGAAAGAAAGAACAUGCCGACCAACAAAUCUGUGUCUGACGCUCCCAUCACUCAGUUUAUCAACUGCAGAAUACUAAAAGACCACAAACUGCAGAGAGAGGACCUAUGGGUGCGUGAAGGGAGGAUUUUAGAUCCAGAGAAGCUGUUCUUUGAUGAGCAGGGUUACGCCGACAAACGUGUGGACUGUGAAGGCAGCAUCAUUGCCCCGGGCUUUAUAGAUGUCCAGAUCAAUGGAGGAUAUGGCAUCGACUUCUCUCAGGCUUCUGACGACAUCAGCAGUGGAGUUUCUUUUGUGGCCAGAAAGAUUCUGGAGCACGGUGUGACGUCCUUCUGUCCAACUCUGGUCACCUCUCCUCCGGCAGUCUACCACAAGGUCCUCCCUCAGGUCAAAGUUCAAAAUGGAGGACAUCAUGGAGCUGGAGUUCUUGGUUUUCAUCUGGAGGGUCCGUUCAUCAGUGCGAAGAAGAAAGGUGCUCACCUGGAGCAGUAUCUUCGUACCUUCCAGUCCGGGGGGAUCGAGGACCUGAUGGAGGCUUAUGGCAGUCUGGACAAUGUUGCCAUGGUGACCCUGGCUCCUGAGCUGGCCAGCAGCCAGUUGGUGGUGAGGGAGCUUUGUCAGAGGGGCAUCACUGUGUCAUUAGGUCACUCAGUGGGCAACCUGUCCCAGGCUGAAGAGGCUGUUCAGAGUGGAGCUUCCUUCAUCACUCAUCUCUUUAAUGCCAUGCUGCCUUUCCACCAUCGGGACCCUGGUAUAGUGGGUCUGCUGACCAGUGAUCAGGUUCCUGCAGGCAGGACAGUCUAUUAUGGCAUGAUAGCAGAUGGGAUCCACACCAACCCCGCUGCGCUACGCAUCGCUCACCGAGCCCACCCUUCGGGUUUGGUGUUGGUGACAGAUGCAAUCACAGCGAUGGGUCUUCCACCUGGUCGUCACACUCUGGGGCAGCAGGUCAUCGAGAUCCAGGGUCUCCACGCUUAUGUGGCAGGCACUAAGACCCUCAGUGGCAGCAUAGCCACAAUGGAUAUGUGUGUACGCCACUUCAAACAGGCUUCAGGCUGCAGUGUAGAAGAGGCUCUGGAAGCUGCCUCACUUCAUCCAGCUCAACUUCUGGGUAUCGGUCACAAGAAGGGAACCUUGGACUAUGGCUCAGACGCAGACCUGGUUUUACUCAGUGAUGCCCUUAACGUCAAAGCCACCUAUAUUUCUGGAGAGGAGGUUUGGAGAAAAGAGCCAUAGAAGAGGAAGAAACCUGCUGAUGGAGACUGGCCUGACAGCUGGCACCCUCUGCGCCUUCAGGGGACGCAGCAUCCCACAGGAUCGUCUGUUCAAUAUUUUGAUUCAUCAGAACACACAGUGACAUCUUCAGUUUUUCUACAUUGCCUUUCUCUAUUUGAAAGUAUUAGGUUUAAGUAUUUCAAACCAUGCUGGCGUUGUGAUGCCACAGUGGCAGUCAGUCUUCAGUCCAGAGUGAAAUAAAGACUGAUGGAUGCUUUACUUGUUCCCCCGAGGGUAAAUUCUUAUGACUUUUUUUGACCUCUUCUUUUAGUGCCACCAACAAGUCGGCAGCUUCCAUUUGUUAAAUGCUUCAAGAAAAUGAAUUCCCAUUAGCCUCAGUUGUAUUUUCAAAAGCAUUCAACUUAUGUGUGUAGUUUGUGCGCUCUGAUGUUGACAUGGCAUCAGUCUGUGUCAGAGGCAGGUCUGAUGUUGAUUUAGAAAGUCCUGUACUGCAAUCUUAACUUGGGUUUAGAUCUCCUAAAAGGCCACUGUACAGGGGAUAAACCCCUAUGAUUGAGGAUACAUGACCUUUCCCCAAAGACAAAAUGUACAAUAGCAGAGAUAUGGCCACACAAUUCAUCUAUCUGAAGUAUUGCGUUUUGGUGUGUAGUGAGCAUUACAGCCUCACAGUGCUGUUAGUGUGCCUAUAGACUGUGUCUUGUUUGACUGACUUCACUGACAGAGCAUAUUCAUUUUCUGUAUUUUUAAAUCCAGUAUUGACAAUCAGCUCCAAAUCUGACUCUUACCUGAAUAUUGCUAUAUUUUAAGAUUUAUUCUUGGUGUCCCCGUUGCACAAGUGACAGGACAUAUGAGGGUUUUUAUCAUUGAUUAUUUUAUUUACCUAAUUUUAGAUGUUUUACAUUUUAUUUUAAUCAUGUUACAUGGAUGUGAUAUAAAGGGAAACAUUUCGCAAUUAAAAUAGAUUGAAAUAAAUCAGCUGUCACUGAUUCGCACUGUAACAUGGUGGUUCCUCUCCUCAGGAAUAACUGUAGCUAUAUUAUGAAGUUUAGAUGGAUUUCUGUUGUUAACUUGGAAGAGGACUGCAGAGCUGUUUACUCUACUGCUACGGUGUUUUGAAGACGACACUUGAAUUCUUCUUUUGUAACCGGGGAGGUCGAUAUGUCCUGACUGCUGCAUGCUCCCCGUGUCCUCUCUUGAAAAUGUCCCUGGAUUAAAAAAGUGGCCAGAAGAGGAAAUGUGUUAAUGUGGACACAAUAAUAUGGAAGCUAUGGGGAAAUUACUUCAAAAUAAAAGAGCAACACA